GCAAAAAGAUGGUCAACAGCGAAGACCUCAUUGUAAACACUGGAUAUGGGCCGGUCCAGGGAACAUCACGGACCGCGCUCUACGGUAACGGAUACGUUAGUUUUCAAGGCAUACCGUACGCCAAACCGCCGGUCGGAGAGCUACGAUUUCAGGAUCCUUGUCCUCCUGAAAAUUGGACCAAAUUGUUAGAUUGUACGCAGCAAUCUGAUCCAUGCUAUCAUUUUGAUCGCCGUGUAAAUAAAAUUGUCGGCAGUGAGGACAGUCUGAAGUUAAACAUUUUCACCAAAACGAUUAAACCAUCCAAACCCCUGCCCGUUAUGGUGUACAUUUAUGGCGGCGGAUUCGUCGAAGGAACUAGUGGAACCGAACUCUACGGUCCGGAUUAUCUCAUCGAAAAGGACAUCGUGCUAGUCACGCUCAACUAUCGCGUCGGAGCUCUCGGUUUCCUUUGCUGCCAUUCACCUGCCGCAGCUGUCCCAGGCAAUGCCGGUUUAAAGGACCAACGGCUCGCACUUACAUGGGUGCGGGACAAUAUUGCCCACUUUGGAGGCGAUCCAAAUGCUGUCACUCUAUUCGGACACAGUGCUGGUGGAGCCUCGGUACAGUAUCAUACAAUUUCGGAAGUUUCGAAAAAUCUAUUCCAACGUGCCAUCAUCAUGUCGGGCAGCACGAUGUGCAGCUGGUCACUUACACCACAACGUAGCUGGCCAGAAAAACUCGCGAAAGCUAUCGGUUGGGAGGGUGAAGAAGGGGACGAAGAAUCGGCAGUCCAGUUUUUGCGACAAGCAUCGCCGGAAAGCAUUGUGGAGCAUCAGGAAACAUUGUUUGGACCUCAGGAAAUUCAAGAAGGUCUACUUACUCCUUUCGCACCUACGAUUGAGCCUUACGAAACCGAUGUUUGUUUCAUCCCUAAAUCACCGUUUGAGAUGUCCCGUACCGCGUGGGGCAAUACGAUUGACGUAAUGAUUGGCGGUACUUCCGAGGAAGGCUUGAUUCUGUUGCCGAAAGUAAAGCCAAAACUUCCUGCUAUGCUGCAGGACCCUAGACUGUUCCUCGGGAAUGUGCCUUUCCAUCUGAAACUUUCCCUCCAGGAGCGGAUGGCAUUUGCAGAGCAGUUGAAACAAUUGUAUUAUCCCGAUUCCGUUCCAUCGGUAGACAAUCUGGAUGGAUUCGUGAAUAUGGCUUCGGAUCGUAUCUUUUGGCACGAUUUGCAUCGAACCAUACUGGCCCGUGCCAACUACGCUCACAACGCUAAAACCUUCGUUUAUCGCUUCUGCGUUGAUUCGACGUUCUUUAAUCACUAUCGCAUUCAUAUGGUUGACCCUAAUGCACGUGGCACUUCUCACGCAGAUGAGAUUUCUUACCUGUUUUCAAACAUUUUCGCAAAACCUUUAGAAGCGAACACGUUUGAGUACCGUUCUAUACAGUACAUGGUGGACAUUUUCACCAACUUUGCUACCAAUGGCGAUCCGAAUGGUCCAAGAACUGCCAACCUCUCGUGGACCUCAGUUCCAAAAACAGCUCCACCUUACAACUGUUUGAACAUCUCCAACGAAGGAGCAGAGGUCGUGGAAUUGCCAGAAUCCAAUCGUCUGAAAGUGUGGGAUUCAUUUUACGUGAACGACGCUCUGUACUAGCCAAUACGAUAUUAUUCCACAAAAUGUUGAACCGAAACAAUAAAUUGAAUACCUAUGAACCGUGA